AUGUCAAUCAACAACGGCCAUCGUGACAUCGAAAACGGAGUUCUAGACGACGACCCUCGGUCUAGGACAUGGCAUCCCGGUAACGUGCCCCGGUUGUCUCUCCACGUCCCCCUCCUCGUGCCCCUCCACUGGUUCGUUGUUCCUCAUAAUGCGAUUGUGAGCAACCCAACCGACCCCUCCUUGCCCCCAGAAGAGAGAAUCAGGAGAAGGGGGAGGAAGAGAAAGGUCGAGAAGGCAAAAAGUAGUCGCUUUCGCAUGUUCCAUAUCCAUUUCCAAAAUCAGACCCUGAUACUUUUUUCUCUUCCCAUCACAUUCCACGGACCAGACCGCCGCGUAACUUCCCGCACCCAGACCAGGGCCCCAAAUCUCAUCUAG